CGAGUGCCCUGGGUGAGGCGAAGGCGACGGCGAGUGGCCGAUUCACGACUAUGGUCAUCUGGUGUCAUCGUUAGCCAGUUCGAUUUCCGUUUCGUUUCCCACCCCAGAGGCGAUGUAGUUUGAUUUCGAAACGUCGGCAAAUCUUCAACGUCGGGUGUUCCAAGUCGGUCGACGCGAUUCGCCGGGUCUCGAAAUUCAGGCUCGAAACACGUUCCCAAGUCGCUGCCGCCUCUCCAACAAAUCGCCAGCCCCGUCCGUCGGCCGCUUUCGUUGAACGAUGUCACGUCACGAAGGGGUGAGCUGUGACUCGUGCUUGAAAGGGAAUUUUCGAGGGAAGAGAUAUAAGUGUCUAAUCUGCUACGAUUAUGAUUUAUGCGCCACUUGUUACGAAGCAGGUUCAACGACAACGCGACAUACUACCGACCAUCCAAUGCAAUGCAUUCUAACACGAACUGAUUACGAUUUAUACUUUGGUGGUGAAGCACUAACAAUCGAUCAGCCCCAGUCUUUUACCUGUCCAUUUUGCGGAAAAUUAGGUUUCACUGAAGCCUCUUUAUUAGAACAUGUCACAGCCGAACAUGCUGAUGUGUCAUUUGAAGUAGUAUGCCCUAUUUGUGCAGCAGUACCAAUAGGAGAUCCGAAUUUAGUGACGGAUGACUUCGCAGGUCACUUAACUCUUGAACAUCGUAACGCUUCAAGAGAUCUUAUAAGUUUUUUAGAUGAACCCCAAAAUCGCCAUAAUGUUUGUGUCCGUAGAACUAUUCCAGCACCAUCAUCACGUUCGAUUUCAUCUCGUGCUAGACGUUCCAAUAUGCACUUUAGUUCGUCAGGUGCUUUAGCUUCAAUUAGCCCAUCUUCAAGGGAUAAUGUUGACCCCAUUGCGGAGCUAUUGUCACAACUGUCAGGAGUACGAAGAAACCAAACGUCAACUCCGUCACAACUGCAACAUUUACAAAUGCAGCUUCAGCUAGAAAGGCAACAAGUUAGGGCUGCACGUCAACAAAUAGAAAGGAUGCCAAGGCGGCCCACAGGGUCGCAACAAGUUUUGGUACCUGUCGGUAAUUCUCCUGGGGUUGGUCUUAGUACAUCUUCUAUAUUGUCUCAAGAAAACUCGUCGCAAAACCACCCUUCCCAUUUAUUACUUACAAGAUAUUUAGAAAACAACUUAACUGAAGAAGAAUGCGAGGUUUUAGAGGAGGAACGGGCAGCAAGGAGCCUUUUUACUCAACAUUUGAUGUUAUCAACAUUAACCGAGACCCCCUUUGACAUUGAAAAAUGCAAGGCGACAAAUUUACCUUCAUUAGUAGAAGAUUUAAGUGGAAAACUUGCAGAGACUAGUGUUAAGGAGGAUACGAUAGUUACAUCUUUAGCAGUCCCAUCAUCCCGACCUACUCAGCGUGCUAAUGUGCAAGUUGGAUCAGUUCAUUCUACACCUCAGAUUCCGGCCUCUCCAAGACAUAAAAUUAAACAAACGGAUGCAAUACCCCCUGGACAUUAGCACUGUUCAAUUUCUAGUCUCGAGUAGAUUCUACUCAAUCUCUUACGGGAGGGAAAGAAGGAAGGAUUCGCCUUAAUGUGAUAACUCUAUUGCAUACUAUUUGAAAACAUUGAAGAAAAAACAUAAAAAUACAUUAAAUUUAUUUGUGAAUAUGUAUGUGUGCAUGUUAUUUUCUGUGGUCUAGCGAAUGUGUAGGUAUGUAUGUGUGUUAAUAUACCAUUAGGAUUUUAUACACAUAAACCUACAUACACUGAAAUUACAUUGAAAUAUUUAUAUCAACACUUAGAAAGCAAAAGGGUUGAAGUGUAUUUUGUGUUGUGAACAAUUUUUUUUUUUUUUAAAUACUCUACAUCCCUUCAACCUUUAACUGUUACAUCCAUAGUUAAAAUUAUAUAAAUUUAUUUAUUUAUUUAUAUUAUUUUUAAACUUCAAGUUAUGUACUUGUUUAUAAUUUGAUAGGGCACAAAAUUAAAUUUGAGUGCACCAGAAGUCAAAAUUUGAAUAAUUUCCUCUUUAACGGCCAUCUUUCAUUUUACAUUCUCUGUAUUAAUUGCGUAUGCUUGGGUUGCCAUGCAGUUGUCUGUCCGUUCUUUUGUCUUUCUUUUCUAAUUUCCAUCUGGAAAAAUUGAGAAUAUACAGUAAAACUUUAUUAUAAUGCUCUUCAAGGGACUGACAUGGAUAUUAGUGCUUAGGAGCAAAGUGCUACUUGCAGGACAUGUGUGAAAGUCAAUGAAAAUACCAUUAUAAAAAGAAAGUUAAGCGAGAUUUCCUCCUCUGGCCUGAAGGCUGAUGAACCUGCAAUUUGGUUGUUACCCCCGAUCAUUUCGGUCUGUCAGACGCGUUCAGAAUUUUGUUCAGAAAUACCAGAUUUAGAAAAAAAAAUUGAAGAUGGCAAAAUUUAAAAUUAUGUCUGACCCAACCCAGCGAGUAUAGGCCAAAAUGAUCGACAAUGACCAAAUCUAGUGUCAUAUUUACAAGCUCAGAUUUGCUAUAUAAAUUUUGUGUUUAUGGACACAAUUGUUUAAAAUAUUUUUGAAAAAUGUUGAAACAUAUUUCCCUAAAGCUAGGAAAUUGAAUAUUUAAAAUAGUGUCAUAUAGGUUUUAUAUCUUUUAUUUGUUUUAUUGUCAAGUUUGCAUGUUGGACCUAGAGAUUAUCAGCAAUUUCUUUUUCUUUUAAUUUUCUGUUUCCCGAUUAAAUCAGACAGUUUUUCCAUUCUAGCCCUUCCCCUUACUCAUUUUACUCGUUUCACUUUUCCUAUUAGUUAUUCUAAUAAUAUAUUCCUUUCAGUAAAUUAUAUAUUCACAGUUCAGUGGUUGAAAAAAAGUUUUCAUUGUAAUUAUAUACUAGGCUUCUUUUACAAAACAGUAAAAACAAAGAUUGUAGUGUAAAUUGAACCUAGGAGCACAAUAACCAAUUAUGUAAACAUUAAAAGUAGCAGCAUUAAGCGGAAUUGUUAAUAACAUUUUUGUUCUCUCAUUAAGAAUAGUUCGGACACCCUUAUUGUUAAUAAUUUAUAGCCAAGAUAUCACUUGUUGCUAUAAACUACAGAUCAAAAAGUGUCGGAAAAAAUUUUUUUUGACAGACUCUGACAUGUGACUUUGCAUUGAGAAUAUAAUCCAUAUUGAAUCACUUGAAAGUUACCUCAUUAACUGUUUGAUUAUUGAACUUUUAAAAUUCUAUAACUUAGGUAUCGUGCAAUACAGAGAAAAUAUUUUGAAAUUCGAUUAGAAUACAAUAAUGAGAUUGUAAUUCUGUAAUUUUUAAGUAGACAGGUAAAACUUGAUUAGUUGACAUUUAUUAAAUUACGAUAUACUGAAAUUAAAAAUUAACCUGAAACGAAAAUUUUGUUUUCAACUCAAAUAAUAAUUCCCUUCAUGAAGAUAACUUAUAACCUACUAAAUGUAUACCCGGUUGUAUUAUUAAUUAUACUGAGAAAAAUUCCCGUUUUAACCAUAGACUUUUAAUUAUUAAACUGAAAAGGUUCAUGUUUUUGACUCCGGCGGACUGAUUGCAGAUAACCUGCGUAUUGUGCAAUUUAACAUAUGUUAAAGGUCAGAACUUAUCUUGGUGUUGACUGUUAUUAGCUGAAACAUUGGCUGGAAGACGAAGUAUAGUUAAAAUAAGCUUGGAAAUUGAUCAUACAGAAAUCUCGAGAAAUGAAAUUUUUUAUUAUUAAUUUUUGUCUUAAUUUAUUGUUAAAAAAUUAUAAACCCUGAGAUGAAUUUGUCUUCUUAACAAUUGGCCUAACAUGAGGGUAAGUGAUUCAACCCUUCCCCCAUUGGGUUUUUUCCUGAACCUAAUUUUUAUAAUACUUGACAUUUUAUGUAUUUUUAAUGUUACAUAACUUGUACAUAUACUUGUUUUAAAUUCUAUAAACUAUACUUUAGAAUAGAGCAUUCAAUGAAUUUUUCGACUAAAACGUAUUUUUUAUGUUUCAUUUUUCCCCCGAGCCUUUUUAUACAGAGACCCUUUGCAGCAUUUAUUAACCUUUCCAGGACAGUCAGCACUCUUCGUUUCCAAAUUGUGGUACCAAGAGGGUGAUAUUGCGCUCAUCCCUACCAGUACACGUGGUAUUGUUUUCUACUCUCUUUACUUUUAGAUUCAUAGAAGCAGUGUGCUGUUUUAAAUUAUUAUUUUUAGCACUAGCGAGAGUGGGAAAUUUAGAAAACACAACUUCGUUUUUCACAAUUUUAAGCUACACUCUGCUUCUUUGAAUUUAAGUCUUAAAGAGUUGAAGACGAGGGUGUGAUAUCACACUCGCAGAACAUUACUAGAGGUAGGGAUGAGUCUCAGUACUUCACUGAGCAUGAUAACAUGCUCACCGUCGUGAAAGGGUUAAUCUAGCUUUUUUAUUUUUAAGGUUCCAGUACCAAAUUAAUUAAAACGUUAAAUUAAUAUUAUACGUUAUUGACUUGUAGCAUAGCAUUUUAUUUUGAAGCAUAAAGUAGAUAAUACAUUGCAUUACAAACUGUUUGAAUAAAUAUUUAUUUUUAAACCAUUUCAUAAUUUAUGUUAAUUUUAGUGAACAAAAUUUUUUAUCUAUGGUGUCUCAGAGCUAAGAACUAAUGUUUUAGUUUCCUGCGGGUAAUGUCGAUAUAAAUAAAGAGUGGCUGAACUAUUGUGUAAAUGGUUACAUAUAGGAAUACAGUUAAUGAGGAAUAUUUUUUAAAUGUUCAAUCGUGUGAAACUUGGAAAAUAAACCUAUUGAUUUAUGAAACUGGCUAUUUAACAGUUAUUACGGAUGGAUCAGUUUAUAGAUCGACGGCUUGAUUUACUCCAAACCCCUUUCACACAUUACCCUUGUAGAGUUGAGUGAAAUGCCGAGUGGGUUCUCUUCACUUGGUCAAUCCUCAUAAUAUCUGUUCUACAUCUGAGAAAUAAUUAGAAUGUAAUGUAAUUUAUGAAUUUCCGUUCAUUUGUUCUGAAAUUCGUUAGUGUUAACUUUCCUAUUAUUUGGCAUUUGUCUAGACUUGGAUUUCAUAUAUUCGUGGAAAUAAAAUCUGAGGUAAAAUAUUAUAGUUAUGAUUUUAUGGGUUGAUUUUUUUGCACAGGUUGUCUAAUUUAUUUUUAAAAAAAUAUAAGUUAAAUUUCUUAUAUAAUGUUUUCCAGCUUAGAUGUAAUCAAAACCAAAUAUUAUUUUAAAUUUGAUAAAUUACUAUUACAAAUCAGUUAGCAAGUGGCACAUCUGCUAACAGUUAUAAAUCGGACUUCUUUCCCUUGAAUGUUAAGAGUGAGAAGGUUUGAACUGUGAUAUUCUCUAAAUGUUUAAGAAUUGAUUUAACCGAAGACGCUAUAAUAAUGAUAUUUAAGUGAACUAUUUAAAAUCAUGUUUUAAAGCCUACAAAACAAACUAAAUGUAUUUAUUUAGAUGAAUGGUAUUGUUUUAUUAAGUUAAUAAGGAAGGGUCUAAAAUUGUUUCAAUUUUAUUAUAACAAGAUAUUUUUAUGAUUAAAAUUUAACAGAAGCACAGUUGCUGUAUUUAUUUUGUACUUGCUUUUCCUCCGUUCGAAUGCAGUGAAGUAUACAGAAUGUAUAAAAGCUUCAUUGCUUUUUACUGUAAAUUGACUUGAGAGCUUAGCAUGAAUGUGCUUCAUAAAAGUUAUAUAUUUAAAUAAAUAGUUACAUCUUUUUGAUAGAUGGUGCUAAUAAGUGAGCAAAAAGAAGAGGGAAACAUGCAAUCAUUGAUUUGAACAAUAUUUUCACAAUGUAUUUUAUUUUGAAAUAUGUAUUGUAGUGUGAAACCCAAUACAAAUUAUUUGAAAAUAUGUAGCGAAUGAGGAUAUGCUGUUGGAGUAAAUACUAUUAAAUGUAUUGCAGUUAUAUAUUUUAUUGUUUUUGUUUUUUUAAUUAUAUAUUGCAAUGCA